AUGAAAACAUUAGAAGAAAGGAGACGAUCGGGAACAAUUGACAAUUUCAAUUCAAAGGAACAAGACGAUAAAGUCUCUCUUUCUCUUCCUGUGGAUCUGAUAAUAGAGAUUCUUAUCAAACUGCCUUCGAGAUCGGUUUCGAGACUCAUCUGCGUUUCUAAACUCUGGUCAUCUAUAAUCCAAGGGAAGCUUUUCAACGACUUGUACCUCACUCCAUCUUUGACAAGGCCGCUACUUCUUUUCCAAUUUUACUGUGGUGACACGAAUCUCUAUCAGUACUCUUCCUCUCAGGAGAAUGAUCCAUCUUCUGGUCAUAAUAUUAAUCUGAAGCCGAUUCCAGGGUGUCCAAUAUCCCCACCCGUCCGUGGCUUGAUCUGCUCUAGAGAUGUUGAUGCUAACGUGUUGAAUGUUUGCAAUCCUACCACGGGUAAGUUCCUAACUCUACCUAGAGUUGACAGUGUGGAGGCAACCUCUCUUGGAUAUGAUCCGAUUAAUGAUCUAUACAAAGUCUUUUCCAUGAAAAGAGUUACUGACAAACAUGGACACUUUGUUAGAUCUGAGCAUCAUGUUUUUUACUCUAGGAGCUCGAAAAACAUAGAAUGA